AUGGGUGUUUGUGUGACUAAAAUGGAAGCAUAUAAUCAUUUGAAAGUGGUAAGCUUUAUCAAGGGUUAUAAUAAUUGGAUAGUACAUGGAGAACUUUCAAACUACAAUGAAGCCACAUCUAAUUCUAAAAAUACAUCAAUUGGGGUUUCAAAUGGGACUAAUGACAUGCAAGACUUGGUCCAUGAUGUAUUUGGGAUACCACAUGGAUCAAAUGAAUUGAAUAGAGAAGGGGACUUUCCUGUUUCAGAUGUUGAAAAAUUUUACAAAUUGAUUGAUGAUUCUCAACAGGAUUUGUACAGUAGUUGCAAAAAUUUCUCGAAGUUGUCUUUCAUUAUUCAUUUGCUUCACCUAGAAUGCCUUGGUAAGAUGAGUAACAAGAUUUUUAAUAUGCUUAUUGAGCUGUUGAGAGAAGCAUUUCCGGAGGCCAUGACUAAUUUGCCUUCUUCUUACUAUGAGGCUAAGAAAUUGAUGAAUACAUUGGGGCUGGGUUAUAAAAAGAUCGAUGCAUGGUCUAAUGAUUGUUCUCUUUAUUGGGGUAGUGCUGAAAAAAGAACUUCAUGCGAAACAUGUAACGAGCUUAGGUGGGUUGCUUCAGAAAAUGAUCGAACUGGUGAAAAAAGAAAAAUUCCUCAAAAAAUAUUGUGGCAUUUUUCCUUAAAAGCUAGAUUACAAAGACUAUUUAUGUCUUCUAAAAUUGCAUCUCAAAUAAGAUGGCAUGAGGAAAAACGUACAAAAGAUGGUUGUAUGAGACAUCCAGCUGAUUCUCCAGGUUGGCAAACUUUUGACCAUCUACAUCCAGAAUUUGCUAAGGAUUGUCGAAAUGUUAGAUUGGGGUUGGCAUCUGACGAGUUUAAUCCAUUCAACAACAUGAGUUCUACACACAGUACUUGGCAUGUGGUUUUAAUACCAUAUAACUUACCUCUGUGGAUGUGUAUGAAGCAACUGUACUUCAUGUUGUCCUUGUUAAUACCUGGACCAUUCUCUCCUGGGAAUAAUAUUGAUGUUUAUCUACAGCCUCUAGUUAAAGAACUGACCAAAUUGUGGGAUUUUGGCAUUCAAACUUAUGAUGCAUCCCAAAAAGAAAAUUUUCAAUUGCAUGCAGCUCUGUUGUGGACCAUUAGUGAUUUCCCUGGAUAUGCAAUGUUAUCUGGGUGGAGCACUAAAGGUGAAUAUGCUUGUCCUAUUUGUCACAAGUUCACUCAUGCACGACGGUUGACUCAUAGUUUCAAAUAUUGCUAUAUGAAUCAUCGUAGAUUCUUAGAUAGUAGCAUAAAUUUAGAAAGCAAGCCCAAUUCUUUGAUGGCACCGAAAAAUAUGGAAAGCGACCACCUUUGCAAACUGGGGAUAUGA